UGUCUGCUGCAUUCACUGCGUUGCAUAGUGGCAUGUAAUCGUUGAGAGCAAUCGAUGUGGGCUUUUGAUGACUUGUGUUUUGUAUGUCGAUUAUACUGAAAGCGCUUCUAGAUAUUGUACCACGUACUACGCAUCGGAUAGCGUUGCGAGUGCUGUUUCAGUCGCGCCACUGCAACAUGUCAAACACGGUGGAACCGGCCGUGGAGGAGUAUAGUAUCAAAAGUAACGCUCACCGAAAAUUUUAUGAUCUCUCUGAUGCUUACGCUGUAGAAUCAUUUAGUAACAAUGUCAAGGCAAAAAAGUUGGUCGGCGACGAGCAGUUCAUGGAGUACAUCAAUUCUAACGUCAUCGGGAAGGACGCAACUUUUCUGGGUCCUUACGGUCGUCGAAAAGUUGUGUAUUGCGACCACACAGCGUCAGGGAGGUCACUCACUUUUAUCGAAGACUUCAUUCGCAGUGAAGUGUUGCCUAUGUAUGGAAACACGCACACCACAACAUCUGUUACAGCCCUUCAGACUACGAUGUUCAGACACGAGGCAAGAGACAUAGUAAGAGCCAGUGUGAAUGCGAGUGAAGCCGACUCUGUCAUAUUUGUGGGCACGGGCACUACUGGCGCUGUACACAAGCUCAUCUUAGCUUUGGCCCUUACGAUGCCACCAGUAGUUUUUGUUGACACAUUUGCACAUCACUCUCUUCUCCUUCCUUGGAGGGAAGUGGGAGCCAAAAUUGUGAGAGUGCCCGAGACUGUCGAGGGGACAUUGGAUGUCUCGUUUCUUGAAGAAAAGCUUAAGGAAUAUGCUGAAAACAAGGAGAGGGUUUUAAUAGGUUGUUUUACGGCGGCAUCCAAUAUUACAGGCAUCCUGUUGGACAAUGUUGAAAUCACAGUUCUGCUUCAUAGCUAUGGUGCCCUUGCAUUUUGGGAUUUUGCAUCUGCGGCACCUUAUAUAACUGUUGACAUGAAUCCGGUUAUUCCUGGAAUCAAACAGGGGCUGGCAUACAAGGAUGCCAUUUUCAUAUCACCUCACAAGUUUAUAGGUGGUCCCGAAACACCUGGUGUUCUUGUCGCAAAAAAGAAGCUGUUUGUCAACAGAGUGCCAUCUGGAUGCGGCGGUGGCUCCGUAUUUUUCGUUUCAAGGAAAGAUCAUCGUUACCUUCAAGAAAUCGAAAUGAGGGAAGAAGGUGGGACACCAUCAAUUGUUGGGGCCGUCCGCUGUGGUCUCGUGUUCCAGCUGAAAGCGGCAAUAGAUCAGGAGUUUCUUUCUUCAAAAGAAGAAAAGCUGUGCAGAAAGAUGUGGAGUGCUUGGCAAGAUGUGCCCAACUUGGUGGUCCUGGGUAACCGGAAUGUUCGCCGCCUGCCCAUUGUGUCCUUCCUAAUUCGCCAUCCUGAAUCAGGCCUUUUCCUGCACCACAACUUUGUCUGUGCGCUGCUCAAUGACAUCUAUGGCAUCCAAGCUCGAGGUGGCUGUGCCUGUGCUGGCCCCUAUGCACAAGACCUCCUGGGCAUUGAUGAAAACUUGGCCACUCGCUACGAGGAACUUCUUGCUGAAAACAGCCUACUUGACCGGACUCAUCUGAGGCGCUACCUAGAGCACUCGGAUAGAGAAGUGCUGCGUCCUGGCUUUGUGCGCCUAAACCUGGCUUUCUACAUGCCUGACGCCCUGGUGGAUUUUGUUCUCGAGGCAGUGCGCCAAGUGGCUUUCAAUGGUUGGAAGCUUCUCCCACAAUACAACUUCAACCCUGAGACUGGCGAGUGGAAACACUCCAUGCACCAGGUGUUCAAGGACAGGAGAUGGCUUGGCUCAGUUUCCUAUAAGGAAGGGAAGUUCAUGUACAGAGUUCUUGAAAGGGAGAAUGAGAGACCUAGCCCUGCUGGUUCAUGGCAGGAUGUUCUGAAUGAUGCAAGCCUAAUUUUUGAAGGCGCUACUAAAGCUGCACACAGAGCCCAGCUCGCUGACCAAUCGUUGAUGUUUGACGCGGAAGCUGCUGAGCUACGUUGGUUUCUCCUCCCAAGUGAAGCGAAGCAACUCCUUGAAGGGACACAAGUGACACUCAAGGAUUCUCCCUUUGCACCACCCAAGUCGGGAAUGCACAAGCACUUGGAAGUGAAGCAGCAGUGUGUGCCGUCUCGCCAAGUUUCCUCAAAGUCAGCUUGCGUACAAAAUGAACCGCUCAGCUCCCGACAGUUUCGUUGGCAUGCUCCUCCAAGGAACAUAUUCAAGCCGUUCUUGAAGGCAGUCAACGAGUUCAACAUGAUAGCUGAUGGGGACAGAGUCCUUGUCUGUUUGUCAGGUGGAAAAGACUCUCUUUCUCUACUUCACACUUUGCACCAGUAUCAGUUCUACCUCAGGAAAAAGGGAAAGAGUUUCGAUCUGGGUGCAGUGACAGUCGAUCCUGGAAGCUCACUGUAUGAUCCGAGCCCUUUGAAGAAAUACCUGCAACUAUUAGGAGUCCCAUACUUCUAUGAAGAGCAGUGCAUUGUUGAGCAGGCCUCUGCCCUACCUGAAUGCACCUCCAUUUGCAGCUUCUGCAGCCGCAUGAAGCGGGGUCGGAUCUACGCUUGUGCUCGAAGAGAAGGCUACAAUGUACUCGCACUUGGGCAGCAUUUGGAUGACCUUGCUGAAAGCUUUCUCAUGACUGUGUUUCACAAUGGCCGUCUAAGAACGAUGAAGGCCAACUACAAGGUUAGAGAGGGGGACCUCCGAGUAACUCGGCCUUUUGUCUACGUGCGAGAAAAAAAUCUCAGGAAAUUCGCUGAAGAGAAAAAACUUCCAGUCAUAGCAGAAAACUGCCCAGCUUGCUUUGAAGCACCCAAGGAACGGCACAGGGUGAAGCAGUUACUGGCUGCUCAGGAGAUCUUGUUCCCAAAGCUGUAUGCUAGUUUGAAAUCUGCAAUGCAUCCAUUGAUGGCCAUCAACCGUACUGGAAUUGAAAGUGCCCUUCACCGGAAUGGUUUCAGUCUACAUGAUUCAGAUUCUGAGUGACUGUGUAGCUUUGCUAAAAGAGGCUGCCAAGAUGUGGAUUCUUGAUUUUAUUUACAUUAUUUAAAUAGAUGUGCACCUAAGUACAUAAAAUUUAUAUUGUGAUACAAGUGAACACAUGUGGUUUAUGUCAAUAAUUAGUGGAGUGCUGUGUUUGUUAGGUGCUCAACAAUUUAUUGGGAUGUAUGUAUAUAGGGUAAAUAAAGAUAAUAUGAAAACUGUCUAUGAAA